AUGGAAGCUAGAAAUGAUGAUAUGCUUUAUGCAGUAACUCAGCAAUCAGGAAAUGGAGUGCAUGGACUAUUAGAGUCUGUAUUUGGCUUCUUGCAUCGUAGAACUGAUUUUUUCUACUAGAUGGAGCCAAAUGAUAAAAUGGGUUUCCCACCGGGUGUUGCUGAAAGUAUGGUCUACUAAUACUUUAAGAAGUAUCAAGAUCAGCAUUUCAAGAGAUUCCCAGAAAAGCAAGACUUGAAAGAAAGAUGGGACAAAUACAAUCAAGAACAAUAAAGAUUGGCUGAAGAACAUAAAAAGCAAUAAGAGGCUAAAAAACUUUAAUAAAAUGAGCAAGCUGAGAGCGCAAAGCAGAAUGAUAGUGAAUAAAAUCAAUAAUAGGAGGAAGUAAAGAAGCAAGUAUAAUAAAUCUAAGGAGGCUAAGAUAGUUAAAAAGCAGAAAGCAAGCCAGUUUAACAGCAAUAGCAAUAAUAACAGUAGAUAAAAUAAGCAGAACCAAAGAAAGAGAUUGAUCCUAAAAUGAGCAGAAUCAGCACAUACAAUGGCGAUGUUACUGAUAAAUACUCAUGGUCUUAAGGUAUUACAGAAGUGACAAUGCAGAUUGCUAUUCCAUAGGGUACUAAACCUAGAGAUUUGGAUAUAAAGAUUAAGGCUAAGCAUUUAUCAGUAGCUCUCAAGGGUUAACCACCCAUAGUUGAGGGAGAACUUUGCGAAAAAGUAAAGGUUGAUGAUAGUUUCUGGGGUAUUGAAGAUGGAAAAUUCUUGAACAUUAACUUUGAAAAGGCUUAUGAAGCUAUCUGGAAAUCUAUAAUAGUAGGAGAUAAGGAAAUAGAUCCAAAGACUGUUGAUAACAGCAAAAGAAUAGAGGAAUUCGACUUAGAAACUCAAGGUCACUUGUAAAAAGUUUUGUAUGAGUAGGAGAGGAAAAAGAUGGGUCUUUUAACAACAGAAGAGGAAGAGCAGAGAAAGUUAAUGGAAAAGGUAUUAGAUUCUGAUAAUUCGCCAUUUAAAGGUCUUCCCUAUGAUCCUAAAAAAUAUGGAUAAAAUUCAGGUAAUAAUGGACCCUCACCUCCCUUUAAUAUGUGA